AUGUUCAACAUAUCAAAGCAUGACUGGGCAAACAGCCAUGGGCCUUUCAAGGAACUUGUUGGAAUGGGGACCGAACAAUUAUGGGUAGAAAAGUGUAACAUACAUCUUGCUGAACUGGCUAAAAUAGUUUCUGAUGCUACAUGUACAGUCACUACUACUAUUGAAAAUGGACAAGAUGAUGAACGUAUCUCUGGUACAGUGGACCGUACUGAUACUGUUGUUGAUACUGAACUCACUGAAGCUGCUAGCAGUAGGGAGAAGCGCAAAGCCACCGAGGAACUCAUUGAACAGUUGACGGUGCCAUCAAAGAGAAAUUGUAAUGAAAAUAAACCCAAAGAUGAUUUUCAAGCACAUGUAGAAAAUUGUCGCAUUGGUAAGUUACAUGUACUGUAUUUUGGGUUUUAUUUACGGUGUUUCACAAUAUUGAUGGUUUGCAAUCAAUCUCAUGAAUGAUAAUGGUGUCUGUCUGAUGUCGGCUGGAUCUGACAACAGCAAUUAUAACAUACACUGUACAGUGUAUUCUUUUGUGUUAUUCUAUAUCUCCAACAUGGCUGUCAUGAUGCCAUAUGCAAACUAUCAAUACAGGUAUGCCGUAGUACUGUACAUCUUAAGGCAACCCACUAUUCUACGAGGCUUGGUUUUUCAUAAUCUUACUAAUUUGCAUUUUCUUGUCUUUUGCUGAAAGGCAAGGCAGGUGGCAUAGGAGGUCUGAUAUACUCAAUACUAAUGUUAACGCGUUCCAAAGUAAAUUGGACUUUUCCAAAGUAUUUUUUUUCCCGAAACAAAUAGGAAAAUAGCAGGAAAAUGUGGAGCGUCAACAUUUUUUGCUUAAAAAUUUAGUAUUUUCGGAGUUGUUAUGAAAUAUAACCAUUUGCUACAAAAAUAUGAAAUUUUAUUGAAAAUGGAGAAAUUCAAAAUUGCAGUACAUGCAUUAAAUAAAUACUGAGACUGGAUGUUAUAAAUACUACAUUACAACAAUAUUUUUUAAACGUGGAGGGUUCAGAAUUUCUGAACCCAAAAAGCAAAGCCUUAAAAUGAAAGGUUCACAAUUUCUGACACCCCAAUGAAUAAAUGUAACGAAAUAGUCACAUAUUCUAACGUUUAUAUCUGUGACAGAUAAUAAUUCCGCAAUAUCUCACUCAAAAUGCAAAGCCUUAACAUGA